CUCCUAGACGAAGCCAAAAUCCAAAAAACCAUCAAACUGAGACAUUAGAACUUAGCUCUUUCUUAUUAUUUUAUUUUAUUUUUUUUUGGUGAUAUUAUUUUUGUGACGAAAUCCCAGAGAUGUUUCGUAUUUUGUAUUUGAUGGUGGUAUCGGUUGUGGGCAUUGUUGCAAGUGUCUCGGUCUUGGGACUACCCCAUGCCCGGGCCAGUGAUCUCGCCUAUACGGAGAUCACACCGGUUACGGACGAUACUCGCUAUACGACCAUCCAUCCGGAAGUUGUCCUCACCGAGAUGGACAAGGUGAAGCACUCCAAGGGUAAUGUUGUCUUCACAUCCGGAGAACGGACUAAAGGCGACCGUGUCAUCGUCAACCAUUAUGAUUCCGAGAGCUUCGCCAGUGCCGUGGAUACGGAGGUUUUAAUGAACUAUCCAUCCGGAUCGAGUACUGGAAUCACUCUAACCUGCAUUGAGAUUUAUGUGGAAAUGUCGGCGAAUGAUACUGGUGGCUAUAUCACCUCUGGUGGCAUUGGUAACUUCAAUGUGGAGGUCUUGCUGACCUCCAACUUGACCCGUACCUUUGCCUACGAGACCUUCAUCUAUGGCUACUAGAAGAUGUUCGUUCUCUCUCAGAUCUUUCAGCAACUAAUAAAGUUUCGCUUGGAAUCCAAUUGUGAUCGUAAACUCCUCCAGCAGACAGUUCAUGUCUCCUCAUCCUCAGAAAAAAAAAACAAGAGUAUUAUUAGAUCUAGAUUUAAAAUUAAAGAACAGAUUUUCCUGUUUUCAAAAUCCA